UCAGGAAGCAACAAACCCGCUGAUCGGUCAAUUUUUCCUCGGAUAUUUGAGCUAAAACAACAAGAUGGAAAACUUUACAACAGUUCCAGAGCUGAACCACACUUUGGGGAACUGGACGGACUACAGUAUCCAGUACAAAGUGAUAAGCAGUGUGCUGCUUUUCGUGAUUUGUGCUCUAGGAAUCGUUGGCAACGUUAUGGUCAUCCUGGUGGUGCUCACCACCAAACACAUGAGAACUCCAACCAACUGCUACCUGGUGAGUUUGGCUGUGGCUGAUCUGAUGGUGCUUACUGCGGCUGGUGUACCCUCCAUCACGGACAGUAUCUUCGAAACUUGGGUGUUUGGCCACUAUGGGUGCCUCUGCAUCACCUACUUUCAGUAUCUCGGGAUCAACGCCUCAUCUUGCUCCAUAACAGCGUUCACCAUAGAGAGAUACAUCGCCAUCUGCCAUCCGAUUAAAGCUCAGUUUCUGUGCACCCUGUCCAGAGCAAAAAAGAUCAUUUUAUUCGUUUGGGCUUUUACUUCUCUUUACUGUGUGAUGUGGUUCUACCUGUCAGACAUCCAGGAGCUGGUGUACGACAACAUGACCAUCAUCACCUGCGGCUACAGAGUCCCCAGGAAGUUUUAUUUACCCAUUUACUUUUUUGAUUUCGGCGUCUUUUUCGUGUUGCCGCUGCUGCUCUCUGCGGUCUUGUACGGACUCAUCGCCAGGAUCCUCUUCCUCAACCCGCUGCCCUCAGACCCCAAAGACAAGAAGAAGAACGGACACAACAACCACAACGUGAACAACAGAACCAGCUGCAAGAACUCCCGUCACUCCAGCUCCACCGCGACCUCCCGCAGACAGGUUACCAAGAUGCUGGCUGUGGUGGUGAUCCUGUUCGCCACACUCUGGAUGCCGUACCGCACUCUGGUGGUGGUCAACUCCUUCCUGGACCAGGCCUACCUGGACAACUGGUUUCUGCUUUUCUGUCGGAUCUGCAUCUACCUCAACAGCGCCAUCAACCCGGUCAUCUACAACGCCAUGUCUCAGAAGUUUCGCGCCGCUUUCCGCAAGAUCUGCCGCUGUGGGAGGAAAGGCUUGGACAAACCCACCACCUACAGUGUGGCCCUCACGUACAGCGCAGUGAAGGACACGUCGAUGGUGGAGAGCACUGAUCACUUCACAACAGAGCUGGAGGAGCUCACCGUCACAGAUGAACUGCUGACUGAUCAGAAAAUGAUGUUCCCAGACCCUUGUGUGUACGGGAAGGUGAAUUUUAGUGACGCCUGAGAGCCUGAGAGUCAGUGGAGGAUUAAAGAGUUUUAAAAUGUUAUUUAAUGGAGUCUGUUAAGUGGGGACAUUGUUUCCUGAGUGCCUGCUGAUCUUUUCAAAGCCAGGUGGCUGUAGCUAGAGAUGUAAACACAGAUUACAGCCACUGAUGCAUAUUGACAGUCUUUGAGGCACAAAGCCAAACACGCUCUUCAUCGAGAAAGAUACCGGACAUUGUAGAGCAACAAACAUCGACAGAUAAGCACUAGCUAACACGCAUAGCUGUUAUCUUAUCUCGGACCUACCCACGUAAUAUACUAUGUAUGAGUCAAUAAAACAUGAAUGUGAACAAAAACACAAUUUCCACCUCAGAUAUUUGGUGUUGUGCCAUAGUGCAGUUCAGCACAGACUCAUUUUCUGAUCUUUAAAGCUGCACAGGGCAGCAUGGCAAGAACUGGCAAGGUCUGACAUAAUGUGAACUCCAUUUCCAGAAAUCCUGCAGUGUGAGAGUCAGUAAACUGCUCUAAACACAUUCACGUUUACCAACACAGCCGGUCAGCGAUGCUCUAAAACCAAAGGAUACCAAAGAGAUGACAGAAACCAAAAUAACAGCAACAACUCCGGCUUGGAAUUCAGUUUUCAUUCACCAUUUUCCAAGAGUGAACUGAUCGUACUGUACAUAUUAAAAUUCAUGAUGGGACAUUUUUCAGUUUCAGACAGACUUUUGGAUUUAAAGUGAGGAUUAGAGUUAUUUUCACACCAAAAAAAACCCCACCUCACCCUGUGCAGCUUUAAUAACUAAAUGUCAUUCUGCCCCCCUGUUGUGUUCAGAGCAGGUGGUCCAUUAAAGGGUGAGUCACACCUGAACCUUCACGGACAAAACAGGCCCUAUUUUUAUUGUGAAGGACAUGUAUGUGGCCUUGAGCACAAUGUGGAAACCAAGACAGACUGUGCUGAGUGUGUUCUGGACGCUGGGGUUAAGUCUUCAUAAGGUCUCUGGAUUUGCGUGUUGAGAUUUCCCACCGCUAAUGACGAACAGAGCGUUUACUGACAGAGAGGAGAAACAAAACUAUAUAAAGUAACUUGAAUUUAAAAAAGUGCCAUAAUGAUGUUUAUUAUGUGUUGUUAUAGCUUCCAUAGCUUCAUCCUGUUUCUAAUAAGGCAUUAUUUAUAUUUGAUUUAUUAUAUUAUAUUAGGUGGGUCUAUAAGUUGUCACUAAUGGCUUUAUUUAUAGGCAGGAAAGCAUUGUAUAAAGCUUAAUAGAUAAAGCCACGUGCAAGAACAACCUCUGGACUGCCAGGUAUCCCUUUGGUUGCUGUGUACGCCUGCAUAACUUGAUUGGU